CCGCGUGUUAGUGGUUGGGUCUUAGUGCGACCGUCGCUCCCCCGCUCCCCUUCGCAGCCCCUUUCUCCGAGCGAUGUGCGAGCUCCGUCACUCCCAAUUCAGCGCGUGAGGCUGGGUUUGGCGGGUUUGAGGUGGAUAUUGUUCCCCUUCCUCAAUUCCUGCAUCUCUCCCCUUCCACGGCUGCCGGCACGCCCUAGGGCCGCCGCCAUCUCCUCAGGUCAUCGCCCAAACCGGCCUCGCUGCCGCCGUCGACCCGCCUCCCCACGGCAGCGUCGUCACCAGCAUCUUUGAGCUGCACAGGACGCAGGAGAAGCGGUAUAAUGGCGUCCUAUUGUUGCUUUUGGAAGCCAAGGCGGCCAACGAAUUGGCCAAUGGUGCGAACUAAUAACGGUCAGCUGAUUUCAUUCCAAGAGAUGCUCGGGCUGCUUGGUCGUCCAAAUGUUGGAGUAGUUGUCAUCGAAGGUAUUGGUGGCUCUGGGAAGACAUGGGCUGCAAAGGCUGCAUACCAAGCAGCAAGGACCUCGAAUAUAUUCAAUGAAUAUAUCUGGGUUACAUUGUCAAUAAGUUGUAGCUUGAGACAGUGCAUGAAUAAGAUUGCAUCAUCUCUUUCGUGUAAGAUCGGAGACAACUUGUCUGUAGAAAGAACUAAGACCAUGAUCAAGGAAUAUCUCACACAACGGAAGUUCCUACUAGUUCUUGAUAAUGCUUAUUUCACUGAAGAGGGUAUCUUAGAGUACCUGGGAGUUACUCAUCUUCAACAGCAAAGUCCCGGCUCAAAAAUCUUUGUGACUACAAGAACUGUGAGGACAUCGAGUGUCAUGGAGGCAGAUAUAGUGUUAACGCCAGAACUUCUCACUUAUGAGGAGUCAUACAACCUACUGCGCAAGAAGAUUGGGAAAGAUAUCAAUUUUGAACACGACUUAAUCAGCUACUGCUAUGGAAUUCCACUCAUAAUCCUCAUAUUGGCUGGGGUAUUGUGUGAUGCACCUACACAAGAGGCAUUUAGUGAGUUGGUCGCAAACGCGCAUGUCGCUCUAGGAACCCAGAUAUCAGUUUUUAACACAAUGAAACGCCUAGUGAAAUUUGGAUACCAUCAGCUUCCUAGCGAUAAUGCACGGCACUGCUUGCUCUAUUGCUUGCUUUUCCCGGAAGAUCAAGGAAUUUCAGUCAAAGAGCUAAUCUGGCACUGGAGGAUGGAUGGUCUACUCCAAGAAGCUAUUAGUUUUGAUGAGGCUAACCAUAUUGGCAAGGAAAUCUUGUAUGUCCUCACAAAGCAUGGUAUGGUAUAUUUGGAGGAUAAUGAUAACGUACGCAUGCAUGAUGUGAUCAGGGAGACUGUGUCAAGUUUUAGAGAGGAUAAGGUUUACAAAGAGCAACAUGGCUGGUGUCUUGGCAAUCCUAUUUUCAAAUUAGAUCAUCUUGCUGAGCAUAGUAACAGAGUUUCGUUAAUGUAUACUGAUAUGGAAUGCCUUCGCGGAAGCCCACGUUGCUUCUUUCUUUCAUCAUUACUUUUAAGAGGAAACUGUCUUUUAAAAGCUAUAUCAGAGGAAUUCUUUUGCCAUAUGGGAAACCUUGAGACGCUAGACUUGUCAUUUACACGAAUUGAAGUGCUGCCCCGCUCCAUCUCCUGUUUGACUAGACUGAGAAUGUUAUUACUGAUUGGAUGUGAUCAUUUGGAGGAAAUUCGACACAUAGCUCCAUUGGUGCAGCUGGAGGUGCUGGAUGUUUCAGGUUGUGGUUCCCUGAAGAGUAUAGAUUCUGGAUCAUUUGACCGUAUGGUGUUGCUCAAGGUCCUUGACCUUUCUGCAACUUCCAUCACUUUCUUGACCUCAAUUCCAGCAUCUACGGAACUUCGCCACCUCAAUCUACAGGGUUGCCCAUUUCUGCGGUCUGAGCUCCCUUAUGGGGUUUCAAAAAGUGGUGCUGUGGGGAACCUGCAGCUUGGCAGCAUUGAAGAUCUAGCAGAUUGGAUACACAUGCUGUGGUUACCUUGUGGACUUACUUUCCAACUGUCUGAUAGGUUUGGGAUGAAAGUAUCACUUGAUGUUGGUGGGGAUAGUAAAACUUAUGUUUAUGCGAGUGAUGCCUAUUUAUUUAAAUGCUUGAAAGAAAAUUCACCGCUAUGGUUUAAUUGUUUUCAGAAGUUUCAGAUUGUUAUCUCCCCUUUGAUGGAUGACCAAACCAUGGACACUGAUGCCCAAGUAAUGAAGACAGAUUCCAUCUUUCAGAAUUCCUACUUUAGGACAAAGCACUUCACACAUUCCAUUGAUCCCGAGAGAUAUCUGGAGAUAAAUGGUACUGUUGGUGUUCCUUCUGAUCUUGAUGGCAUUCUUUGUCAUGCUGAGCUGAUAUCAUUAAAGAGAUUAACAAUGACUACCCAAUUUUCUGAUCUGAAUAUUAAAAGUAUGAAAGCAGUAAGAGAACUCUGGAUAGAAAAUUGUGAAGAGCUGGAGAGUCUUCUCACACCAGACGAAGUCCAGGCAUUGUCUGCGGUGGGCAGCUUGCACAAGCUAUGGAUCUCCAACAUAGAAAAUUUGUCAUCCUUCUGCAAAGGAGUGAAAGAUGUGACUAGUUUCAGUUGUAUGAAGCACUUGCUUCUCGAUUGCUGUCCAAAUCUCGCAUGUCUUUUUCCUUCGGCGCUACGCAUUCCAAGUCUUGAAAUGUUGCAUAUCAGGUUUUGCGACAAUUUGGAGAGGGUGCUUGACACCUCUGUCUUAGGAGAGGACAAUCUUCCAAGGUUGCAGUCGCUGCAACUUUGGGAGCUUCCUGAGCUAACCUCUGUGUGUAGUGGAGUCUUGCCAUUGCUGAAGAAACUCGAGGUGAGAGGUUGUGCAAAACUGCGGAAAAUCCCGGUUUGUGUAAAUGAAAAUAGCCCGUUUGUCACUACAAUAAUAGGUGAAAAAUUGUGGUGGGACAGUUUAAUAUGGGAUGACGAAAGCAUUAAACGUUGGUUUUUGUUCAGAAAUUGGGGGCCCUUGCUACCUCAUCUUGCAACUGAAGGAUGAAGACACCUCCAUCGGCAUCUGGUAGUCUCACCAUGGCUUCUCAAAGGAACAUAUUUUUGUGUUAGACGGCGUUAUUUCAAUUGUUCGCCUUCCCUUAUGUCAUGCCUUGUACAGUUUUCUGAAGUGAUGUUCUAGCAAAAGUACACUUUUGUGGCUAUAUUUUAAGUCUGUGACAACACAAAGCAAACUGAGUUUGGCUCGC